AUGGAGGUGAGAGAGGGCCAACGGCCGCAAGAGUUAUGGGAGUACGCGCAGACUGUGCGUACUUUUUUCUCAGUGGGUGGUGAGGAGCAGUUCCGUCCACCAUGCCCAAAACACAUGAUCCUUUCCUUUGAAAAGCGAUGGCCGUACUCGCUGGAGCAUGCAGUGCCUGUUGCCGACUGCUGCAUUAACAUUGAGGUGCAUCGGGUGUGGAAGAUCGUCGAGGGCGAUCUAAAAGGAGUGUUUCUCCCUCCAGAGAGAGGCCCACCAUGCAUGAGACGCCGUCUUUUGGUUGGAGCCCCCGGGGUAGGGGAGUCAAUGGCGGCUGUCUCCUACCUCCUUUAUCAGCUGCUGCACUACGACGGCACGAAGCUCCAUGUGGUUGUGUUCUGCUUUGGAAGGGGUUUCGCAUACUUGUUUGACAAGAGGACACGAACGGUGACAAUAUACGUGGGUGAGAGUAAUAUUGGAAGGGCUAUGAUAAAUUUGGCUGGGAGUGGAAUGAAGGGGUAUAUCAUCAUCGAUAUGGCAAUACAUUUUCGAGAGCCAUCGAAUGAUGUUGUGCCCUCCCCUGAGUGGGGCAUCAUUACGUUGUCGUCCCCGCACGAAGAUAACUUCAAAGCAUGGACGGAGCAGGCGGAGUAUUGGAGAAGGAUGCACAUGCACAUGCAUGACGUCGGACCGAUUCCACGAUGCAUCUUUCAAUUCAAUGAGUAUAAGGACCGCGUGGAGGAAAUCAAGGACAUCCUGGCAGGUAUCGACGCUUCAAAUGCUGUACAUUAUGGGAUGAUUGGAGGUGUGGAAGAGUGGCCCUCGAAUGACGCACCUCACAAACUUGUGAAAGCUGUCAGAGCAAUAAGACAACGCGGUCUUGAGGCGUUUGUGAACCUGCCGGUCUGUUUUUCCAUUGAAAGCAAAUUAAUUGGAAGGUUGCUCGAGGUGGAUGAGGAGAAUGGCAUUAUUUUUCGACUAUUGAAGUGCAGAAAAGAAUUAUUGGCAGACGCUUCGGAGCGGUAUACUCCGAACGCAUUCCUGCGUAGAGGCUUUGUGGAAAAUAUAAUGCCGGGCCUCAACGGGUUGCCUCCACCAGGACGUCGUCGGCGACAGAGAUGUGUGCAGCAAUCGAACCCCGAAAAGCAUCCAAGCAGACCCGUUGCAUUAAUAGCGCUGGGCCACACUCCUCCGAUGUUGGAUGUACAAUACAAGGUGCUAUACGUACCGGAGAGCAGACAUUUUCCGUUUGUGGACGGUUUUUUCUUCGUUGGCGCACCGCGGAGGACGAUGGUUGCGGUGCAGGUGAGACGACGAGGGCUGAGCAUGGCACCCAAGCCAGCACGGUGA